UUCAAGGUAAGGAUGUCUGUUGCUAAGGUUCAAGGUAAGGAUGUAUCUAUUACUAAGGUUCAAGGUAAGGAUGUCUGUUGCUAAGGUUCAAGGUAAGGAUGUUCUGACAGCAAUGUGUUUGUUGCUAAGGUUCAAGGUAAGGAUGUGUCUGUUGCUGAGGUUCAAGGUAAGGAUGUAUCUGUUGCUAAGGUUCAAGGUAAGGAUGUAUCUAUUACUAAGGUUCAAGGUAAGGAUGUUCUGACAGCAAUGUGUUUGUUGCUAAGGUUCAAGUUAAGGAUGUGUCUGUUGCUAAGGUUCAAGGUAAGGAUGUAUCUGUUGCUAAGGUUCAAGGUAAGGAUGUAUCUAUUACUAAGGUUCAAGGUAAGGAUGUUCUGACAGCAAUGUGUUUGUUGCUAAGGUUCAAGUUAAGGAUGUGUCUGUUGCUAAGGUUCAAGUUAAGGAUGUAUCUGUUGCUAAGGUUCAAGGUAAGGAUGUUCUGACAGCAAUGUGUUUGUUGCUAAGGUUCAAGUUAAGGAUGUGUCUGUUGCUAAGGUUCAAGUUAAGGAUGUGUCUGUUGCUAAGGUUCAAGUUAAGGAUGUGUCUAUUACUAUGGUUCAAGUUAAGGAUGUGUCUGUUGCUAAGGUUCAAGUUAAGGAUGUAUCUAUUACUAUGGUUCAAGUUAAGGAUGUGUCUGUUGCUAAGGUUCAAGUUAAGGAUGUGUCUGUUGCUAAGGUUCAAGUUAAGGAUGUAUCUAUUACUAUGGUUCAAGUUAAGGAUGUGUCUGUUGCUAAGGUUCAAGGUAAGGAUGUGUCUGUUGCUAAGGUUCAAGUUAAGGAUGUAUCUAUUACUAUGGUUCAAGUUAAGGAUGUGUCUGUUGCUAAGGUUCAAGUUAAGGAUGUGUCUGUUGCUAAGGUUCAAGUUAAGGAUGUGUCUGUUGCUAAGGUUCAAGUUAAGGAUGUGUCUGUUGCUAAGGUUCAAGUUAAGGAUGUGUCUGUUGCUAAGGUUCAAGGUAAGGAUGUAUCUAUUACUAUGGUUCAAGUUAAGGAUGUGUCUGUUGCUAAGGUUCAAGUUAAGGAUGUGUCUGUUGCUAAGGUUCAAGUUAAGGAUGUGUCUGUUGCUAAGGUUCAAGUUAAGGAUGUGUCUGUUGCUAAGGUUCAAGGUAAGGAUGUAUCUAUUACUAUGGUUCAAGGUAAGGAUGUAUCUGUUGCUAAGGUUCAAGGUAAGGAUAUUCUGAUAGCGAUGUGUCUGUUGCUAUGGUUCAAGUUAAGGAUGUAUCUGUUGCUAAGGUUCAAGGUAAAGAUGUUCUGAUAGCGAUGUGUCUGUGGUAGCAAGGUUUCUGAUGUCAUAACUGACUCCUGUGUGGGCGCUGAAUGAUUCCCAUAUGACUCUCCUCACAGGUCAACAGCCAGAAUAUGAAGAUGGGUGGAGGUCUCCCUCGAACCAACCCCCCGACCCAGAAACCGCCCAGCCCCCCCAUGCCAGGGAUGGGAACCAUUGGGCGCCACUCCCCCUAUCGGACGCUGGAGCCCGUUCGUCCUCCUGUGGUCCCUAACGACUAUGUCCCCAGCCCCAUACGCAGCAUGGCCCAGCAGGAGAGUCCUGUACUCACCACUACAGUUAACCAGCGGACAAGCACCUACAGCAGUGGAGGCAGUCACCCCAACAGUCACCCCAACAGUCACCCCAACAGCAGUGGAGGCAGUCACCCCAACAGCAGUGGAGGCAGUCACCCCAACAGUCACCCCAACAGUCACCCCAACAGCAGUGGAGGCAGUCACCCCAACAGUCACCCCAACAGCAGUGGAGGCAGUCACCCCAAUCACCCCAACAGCAGUGGAGGCAGUCACCCCAACAGUCACCCCAACAGCAGUGGAGGCAGUCACCCCAAUCACCCCAACAGCAGUGGAGGCAGUCACCCCAAUCACCCCAACAGCAGUGGAGGCAGUCACCCCAACAGUCACCCCAACAGCAGUGGAGGCAGUCACCCCAACAGUCACCCCAACAGCAGUGGAGGCAGUCACCCCAACAGUCACCCCAACAGCAGUGGAGAGAACAGUGGGAGUGGCUCUGUAGGAGUACCCAUCGCUAUGCCAACAGCCUCUCCAACAGGGAUCUCUCCUCCUGCUACCCAAUCCCCACUGUCCGCACCUGACCGCGCCCCUAACACUGAGGCCCAAUCGGCUGAGGCUGUGGCCGAGGCCCCUCUUCCCGCCCAAUAUCCUCUCUCUGCUGCAGCAAUCUCGGCGGAAGUCUCAGAUGCACCUCCUCCUGCAGAGGAGGAGUCGGCCGUGAUUGAGUACAGUGACCCCUACGCCGAGGAGGACCCUCCCUGGGCGCCACACACCUACCUGGAGAAAGUUGUCGCCAUCUAUGACUACGCAGCAGACAAGGAGGACGAGCUGUCGUUCAACGAGGGCUGUAUCAUCUAUGUGAUCAAGAAGAACGACGAUGGCUGGUACGAGGGGACUAAGACUGGUACCUCCGGGCUCUUCCCUGGUAACUACGUAGGAUCCAUCAUGCAUAACGCAGACUGAGGCCACCUUCCCUCCAAGUCCCAACCCCAGAGACACACUCUGAACCACAUCCCAGAAGAGAACAGGGAGGAGAUAACUGUGUACCCAAUGCAUGGAUAACAUGUAUCUGUAUAUGGGGUGUACAGACUACCAUGCAGACUAAUUAGUGUACCUGUAUAUGGGGUGAACAGACUACCUGUACAGACUAGACUGGUAUGGAGCGCUCCGUGGACUAGACUGGUAUGGAGAGCUCCGUGGACUAGACUGGUAUGGAGCGCUUAGUGGACUAGACUGGUAUGGAGCGCUCCGUGGACUAGACUGGUAUGGAGCGCUCAGUGGACUAGACUGGUAUGGAGCGCUUAGUGGACUAGACUGGUAUGGAGCGCUUAGUGGACUAGACUGGUAUGGAGCGCUCUGUGGACUAGACUGGUAUGGAGAGCUCAGUGGACUAAACUGGUAUGGAGCGCUCAGUGGACUAAACUGCUAUGGAGAGGUCAGUGGACUAGACUGGUAUGGAGCGCUCUGUGGACUAAACUGGUAUGGAGAGCUAUGUGGACUAGACUAGACUGGUAUGUUGUGUAUAGGGUACGCCAUAGACUGGUAUGGAGCGCUCCGUGGACUGGUAUGGAGAGCACCGUGGACUAGACUGGUUAGUUGUGUAUAGGGUACGCCAUAGACUGGUUAGUUGUGUAUAGGGUACGCCAUAGACUGGUAUGGAGAGCUCCGUGGACUAGACUGGUUAGUUGUGUAUAGGGUACGCCAUAGACUGGUAUGUUGUGUAUAGGGUACGCCAUAGACUGGUAUGUUGUGUAUAGGGUACGCCAUAGACUGGUAUGUUGUGUAUAGGGUACGCCAUAGACUGGUAUGUUGUGUAUAGGGUACGCCAUAGACUGGUAUGUUGUGUAUAGGGUACGCCAUAGACUGGUUAGUUGUGUAUAGGGUACGCCAUAGACUGGUAUGGAGCGCUCCGUUAGACUAGACUGGUUAGUUGUGUAUAGGGUACGCCAUAGACUGGUAUGGAGAGCUCCGUGGACUGGUAUGGAGCGCUCCGUGAGACUAGACUGGUUAGUUGUGUAUAGGGUACGCCAUAGACUGGUAUGUUGUGUAUAGGGUACGCCAUAGACUGGUAUGGAGCGCUCUGUGGACUAGUAUGGAGCGCUCCGUGGACUAGACUGGUUAGUUGUGUAUAGGGUACGCCAUAGACUGGUAUGGAGCGCUCUGUGGACUAGUAUGGAGCGCUCCGUGGACUAGACUGGUUAGUUGUGUAUAGGGUACGCCAUAGACUGGUAUGGAGCGCUCUGUGGACUAGUAUGGAGCGCUCCGUGGACUAGACUGGUAAGGAGCACUCCGUGGACUAGAGCGCUCUGUGGACUAGACUGGUAUGGAGAGCUCCGUGGACUAGACUAGUAUGGAGAGCUCCGUGGACUAGACUGGUAUGGAGAGCUCCGUGGACUAGACUGGUAUGGAGCGCUCUGUGGACAAGACUGGUUAGUUGUGUAUAGGGUACACCAUAGACUGGUAUGGAGCGCUCUGUGGACUAGUAUGGAGCGCUCCGUGGACUAGACUGGUAUGUUGUGUAUAGGGUACGCCAUAGACUGGUUAGUUGUGUAUAGGGUACGCCAUAGACUGGUAUGUUGUGUACAGGGUACGCCAUAGACUGGUAUGGAGCUCUCUGUGGACUAGACUAGACUGGUAUGGAGCGCUCCGUGGACUAGACUGGUAUGGAGCGCUCCGUGGACUAGACUGGUAUGGAGCACUCUGUGGACUAGACUGGUAUGGAGCGCUCUGUGGACUAGACUGGUAUGGAGCUCUCUGUGGACUAGACUGGUAUGGAGCGCUCUGUGGACUAGACUGGUAUGGAGCGCUCUGUGGACUAGACUGGUAUGGAGCGCUCUGUGGACUAGACUGGUAUGGAGCGCUCUGUGGACUAGACUGGUAUGGAGCGCUCUGUGGACUAGACUGGUAUGGAGCGCUCUGUGGACUAGACUGGUUAGUUGUGUAUAGGGUACGCCAUAGACUGGUUAGUUGUGUAUAGGGUACGCCAUAGACUGGUUAGUUGUGUAUAGGGUACGCCAUAGACUGGUUAGUUGUGUAUAGGGUACGCCAUAGACUGGUUAGUUGUGUAUAGGGUACGCCAUAGACUGGUUAGUUGUGUAUAGGGUACGCCAUAGACUGGUUAGUUGUGUAUAGGGUACGCCAUAGACUGGUUAGUUGUGUAUAGGGUACGCCAUAGACUGGUUAGUUGUGUAUAGGGUACGCCAUAGACUGGU